GGCGAAUCAUAAGUGUAGCGGAAUGUUAUGGUGACGAAUCGUUACAUUAUGAUCAGAGUUAUUUGAAUGCAUGUGUUCAAGCGUCUACAAAAACAGAAUAUCAAUUUUUUCGAAAACUAGUUUGCUUGCAUUUUAUUGCAGUUUUAGAAAUGUCUGAGAUUGAGGAAUUGAAUCGUAAUAAUGUUCAUAUACGGGACCGGGAUUAUGUAAUGAACACAAUAAUGAAAAUGGUGAAAGAUGGACCUGACAAACUACAAGUCUGUUCAGAUUUUGAUGCCACUAUUACCAACUACAAAGGUCCUUGCACCUACAAUGUGUUGGAAGAAGGGGGGUUACCAGAUGACUACAAACAAAAGGCAUACAAGAUCAGGGACAAAUAUUUUCCCAUUGAGACAGAUCCCAAUAUGACUAUAGAAGAAAAAAUUCCACAUAUGAUAGAAUGGUGGACACAGGCACAUGACCUAUUGGUAAAAUACCCACUAAAUAAAGAAAUGCUACACAAUAUGGUUGCAAAUUCUACAGCAAGAUUGAGAGAUGGAUGUCUUGACUUCUUUGACAAACUUCACAAACGUGAUGUACCGUUGUUGAUAUUCUCUGCUGGUGUUGGUGACAUCAUACGUGAACUUAUCUCACAACAUUCAACUUUCUACGACAAUAUGCAUGUGGUUUCAAACGAUCUUGACUUUGAUGAAAACGGUAAAAUGAUCGGCUUCAAAGGUGAGAUAAUACAUGUCUUCAAUAAAAAUGAAAAUGCCGUCCACGACUCGGACUAUUUCUCCAAUUUGAGUCACUGUACGAACGUUCUACUGAUGGGUGACUCAUUAGGGGAUCUCCAGAUGGCAAACGGUGCUGAAAAUGUAGAAGCAAAACUUACGAUAGGAUUUCUUAAUACUAGGGUGGCAGACAGUUUGGAAUUGUACAAGAGCAAAUACGACAUUGUGAUAUGCGAAGACGAAACAUUAGAUGUAGCAAAUGCCAUUGUGAAUAGAAUUGUUGGAACUGUUUAAGUUGAAAAUGCUUAGUUCUAUUUAUAGAUAAUGUGAUUCUUGUUUUGGGAAUUUCCGAUUAAUCUAUUUUUAGAAAAUAUCUAACUCCACAAUGGAUUUUUAAACCUCUUUAGAUGAAAAGAAACAGAUUUACCAUUUAUUAUGCAAAAGUAACUUGAGAUUUUUGUUUUUGUUGUAUACGGGCUGUUUUAUUACAAAGGGUAUGAAUUUAGAUUGUUUGUCUAACCAUUUGUGUUAUGGAGCUUUGAAGUCUAUUUCAAAGAAUCAAAAUACAAAAAUUGAGGUACCAAUACACUACAUUGUAUUAUGAACACUGGACAGAGAUCAUGGAUUAACAGGCUGGCCUGACUUUACACAUGUGACAAUGGCUGUUUCAGAUCCAGGCCCUAUGUUUACUUAAAAAGAUCAGGAUCAAAUGAAAAAACAAAGAGAGCAAAUGAGAAUGAUCUGAAAUUUUUUGUCUGCAUCAAAUGGAACAUUCAUCUCAAAAAUGUAUUUCCAUUAUUUUCUGGUCAUGUCAAAAAUCCUCAGUGAAGUCCCUUUAAGACCUUUAGCUUUAGGUCGUCUAUGUGCUUUGCUUUCUGGACAUUUUCCAUUUUACAUCUUUUGAAUGAUAAAUGUUGUGAACAUUUUCAGUUUACAUGUGUAAGAUAUACAAAAUUGAAUAAAUGUCAGGGUUUAGACCAUGACAUUUUCUAUAAUUAUAGUUUUGUUAACUUUUCAAUAGUAAGCUUUAAUCGUAGGACAUUUUCUUUUAAGAUCUGUUGAAUUUUCAAAAUGCUAGGUAAUGGCCCUGUACAUUUUCUGUUUAGAUCUGUUAAAUUUUCAAAAUGCUAGCUAAGGGCCCUGGACAUUUUCUGUUUAGAUCUGUUAAAUUUUCAAUGCUAGCUAUGGGCCCUUGACAUUUUCUGUUUCGAUCUGUUAAAUUUUCAAUGCUAGCUAAGGGCCCUGGACAUUUUUUGUUUAGAUCUGUUAAAUUUUCAAUGCUAGCUUAUAGGGCCCUGGACAUUUUUUGUUUAGAUCUGUUAAAUUUUCAAUGCUAGCUAAGGCCCUGAACAUUUUCUGUUAAGAUCUGUUAAAUUUUUUAAAUGCUUGCUUCAGGACCUUUGCAUUAAAUUUUUCUGUUUAGUUUUGUUGACUUUUCAAAAAUAUGUACAUGUACAAUUGUAUUACCUUUUGACCCUGGUCCUGUUGCUUUCAAGAUCUGGAAAAAAAUUAGAUGUAAGCUUAUAGUCCUGAAAACUUUCUUGCUUUGUUAAAUUUUCAAAUGCAAUCAGUCUUUGUUGUCCACAUUUUCUGUUAAGCUAUGUUAAAAUUUUCAAUGUAUGUUGAAUUUUCAAUUGUUUAUGUAGAAUUUAGAGCUUUUCAUCAUAGAAUCUUGAUCCACAAAAAAGCUAAUUGGAACCUCAUUAUUUUGCUGUCAGUUCAUAAUGACUUUUGAGUUUGGGUAAUAUUGGUUUAUUUAUACAGAAUUCAUUUUAGUUCAAUUGUGUGUAAAGCUUAUAGCAUAUAGACAUACUCCUGAAUCUGUUACUGGAACCAACCAGUACUGAGCAAUCAGUGUAAAGUUUCUUUGGUAAAUUUAAGUGCAAACUAAAUAUAAUAGGGUUUAAAUAGUGAGAAAAGUAAAUAACAGCUUUUUUCCCAGUAUUUACUGUACGUACAAAUAAUAUUUUUUAAUAUUGGACUUUUUUUCCUCCACUUUGAAAGAAAGAAUAAUAUUGACUAAUGGGAAUUAUCUAGCUCAAGGGUAACUGUUUAUUGCAGUAACAACAGGCUGUGCUUGAUUCUUUUUCUUGCACAUUUAUACAUUAAUCAUAUGUUGGAAAGAAAUUACGAAAACUAAUAUUAAUUUUUUCAUUUAGCUUUUCUUUAUUAAAGUAGUGGAUAAAUUUACAACUUCAUUCAUAACAGCACAAUGACGUCAUCCUAAAAAAGCAAUUCAUUUACAAAAGGCAUGUGAGGAUGAUGUCAUUUAAAACAAGCAACUUGUCAUACAAUGGGGGACGUAAGACAGGUUUUUUUAGCACUGGUGUAAUACAAUGUAACAGUUAUAGAACAUUAGCAUUUAGGAUAAUAUGAUGUAUUUUAGACAGAUGGAAAUAUCUUUGUGUUCAUUUUUUUCCUUUGGGUCAAUUAGUUAAGCUUAUGUAAUAAUACACUGCCAUAGUAGAUCAGUCAUUUAUAUGUGUUCUGAAAAUAAAUAUGACUUUUAAUUGUGAUAUAAUUAUAAACAUUUUAUGUUUUUCACAAUUUUUAUUUCCAGAAAUAUAUUGAUUAUUGACACGAAA